AUGCGAAUGCGAAUUGAUCUGGAACAUGCUAUGCAGAUGUUGAAACUAGGUAACAAACAAGCAAGCGGGUUUUUUUGGUAUUUGGGCUCUGAUGAUGAGGACGAUAAAAUUAAUACUCGUAGUACCGAAUUUGCCAUCGUAUGGCUAAAGCCGCUUGGCAGUCCUGCCGAGACUAUCGUCGCCCCAUCACGGAAGGCCCUCAUUACGUUCCAUUAUGAACAUGAAUAUGCGUGUGAGGAUGUAGAGUUUACCGUGAAUUCUACCCGACGGAGGAUAAUUUACGACACGGACAGCGAGAACACCAUGGCUGCCAAUUUGCGAUUCGACUACGUCCGAGAGUAUCGUCACUGGCAAAGGACACCAGAAGAAGCGGAAGCGGAGAAUCUUUUGGAGUUGGUCUUACGUCAGGCCGGCUAUUCCCGCUCCAAUUCUAUCCGUGUUGGAAUAAAGCUCGAUGCUGAUGGGAUGGCGUCCAUGGAUUCGACUAUCAAAAUCCCAGAGAGUAUGACGAGGCGGGAUAGUCAAGCUUUGUCUCUAGAGUCAAUGUUUCAUGUGGAUCUCCAUUCUCACCGACUCAACCAGUCAAAUCGAUCAAAGUUAGAACAAUAUGCGUUGAAACCACCCUCAAACGAAUGGGAACUUGAAGCAAAUUCCCGUGGUAUUGAAUGGAUGGACCAAGCUGCAGAGGGUAGGAGGUGUCUAGGAAUGAUAGGCAUAAAAGGCGACGAUUUCUUAGAUAAGAUUUGUCCAAAGCGAUCUUACAACGAGGUAGACCACGACGGUACCGAAGGAGACGAAGGGGAUUUUCGUGCACUAGAGCCUAUAACUUUCGAUCCCGGAUAUAUCGAAAAGCAUUUGGUCCAAUCUGAAUACUGUCCUUGGACUACGCUUUGGAAACUUAGAUUCUUUCGGAAUGUUUCCGAGCACAACUGUGUCGAUGCGUUGAACAGGCGAAACAAGCUUUUCCCACCUGCUGAGUACAGGAUGUCGGAAGCGGAAAAGCAUCUUGUGGAUCAGAGUCUUUUAGUGCAGAGUAUCAAGGCACUGCGAGAAGCAGCGGAAUAUGUGGAAUAUAGACUUCAAGGAUUGAUAAGUGAAGUCUCGAUGCGAACUCAAGCUCAGGCAGACUUGGAUAGGUGGCCAGUAAGACUCUCUACAUUGAAAUUUGAAUGA